AUAUAACCAGAGAUGCGUUGACGGAUAACGCACAUAUACCAGUAAGAGACUGUCAAAAUACGACGUUGCAUUCAUUAAGCGCUUGGACAUAGCAGAGUCGCGUGCGACAACGACGACUGACGUGUAUAGUAUAGUGUGUCGCACGAAUCCGAAUCAAGUAUAUCAAUUUCGUAAAUCGACUCAUCUGAUUGUGUCAUUGUAUAUUACUGGCUGGACGAGUUUUCUAUAAAAAAAACGCAUUGCGCGAAUAUCUCGUCAUAUCGUUAUGUAUUAUAUGGCUCGUUCAUUAAUCAGAUGCUAAUUACGAGCUUGUAGUAAGGCGAUUCUCGUGGAAUUCUUCGUCAUCGCGUGUAAUACACCUGUGCUAAGAAAAAUGCAUCGACGCCUUUAAAUGCAUACAUUACAGAGAUAUAGAACUGGACUAUAGCAAUCGGUGCGCAAUAAACUGCAUGUUAAAUGCGCGUAUAAUAAUGCUGCAGCUAUACGAUGCUAAAAUGUUUAUUCAGCCGUGGCAGUAGUACGACUUGAAACGUGCUGGUACGUCGACGAGUUCUGCAAUAUCCCAUCGCGAUUGACACACUGCUAACUGCUACUAGUCGGAGGCGCCUACUUAUAUAUAGCUUUCUCGUGUAUUAAUGCCGCGAGGAGGACUGCGGGCGAACUUUUCUUCUCAUUGUACAUUCAUAUAUAUCCUCUCGGGGCCGUGAGAGAGCUGAGAUCGGCCGUAUAGUGCACUUUUCGGCGCUGCGAAUUAUAACAACACACGCAGCACAGUUAUAAUGCUGUCCAUUGUGUGACGUGUGGGAGAUUAUAUUAUAUGACAAUUAUUAUAUUCGCGGGUAUCUGGCCGUCUGUCUCUCUCGCCUCGCUAUCGAUGAGGGUAACAAGUGGGUGGAGCUUUUGAAACGACGACGACGACGAGGCAUCGCGCGGAAAGGCUAGUGUCGUGUCUCUCUCGCUCGCCUGCCUUUUGCUAAUAAUUCGCAAUAAUUUCUUGCGAUAUAUAGUGCCUCGCAUGAGUGCUGUAUACUAUAACGUACCCAGUAGAAGUUGGUAGUUUUAUCCCGUGUCUCGCGUGUUCUUUGUGCGUGUGUGUAUGUGUGUCGUGCAAAAACUAUUAAAAAAGUGCGUAAAAUAAUCGCGGAGAUUUUUUUUUUUUUGCUGCUCGCCUCUACUCGCUCGUCGCCUUAUCGCUGGCCUGCUGCGGUGCGUGUGUGAUAUUAUGUCGUAAAUGGCUCGAAUGGUCGACGAUAUUGUUGCCCCAAUGCCAUUUAAUUGCCGUGUUUUCCAUUCGCUCGAUACGUCAAUCUUUGAGAUCACAUUGAAUUUGCAACAAAAGCCUGACACUUCAAUAAAUCAUCAUCACCAUGACUGACGAUUUGGAAUUGGCUCAAAAUAUCAACGAAGUGCAUGAUUUCAAUGACAUUGGAGCUGACGAUGACGAAGGCUCUGAUGGAGUAAUUGUACCUGAACUUCAAGGAAUCCUAUUCAAGUGGACCAAUUAUAUACAUGGGUGGCAGAGUAGAUAUAUUGUACUGAAAGAUGGCACUCUGUCUUAUUACAAAUCUGAGCACGAUAGUGGAUACGGUUGUAGAGGAUCGAUUAGUCUCAACAAAGCUCACAUCAAAGCACAUGAGUUUGAUGAAAACAGAUUUGACGUAUGUGUAGAUGAUACCCUAGUGUGGUAUCUUAGAGCUAAUCAUCCAGAGGAGAGGCAGCGAUGGGUGGAUGUUCUAAAAUCAUACAAGCAGGUUGAAUCAGGCUACGGUAGUGAAAAUAGCUUGAAGCGUCAUGGAAGUGCCAUAUCUCUUGUAUCGAACACUCAAUCGACAGCCAGCGCUGGCAGCUUCAGCAAACGAGGCAUCAGAGGUCUCAAGGAGAAACUGGCGGAAAUCGAGACGUUCAAAGACAUAUUGAUGCAGCAGGUCGACACCUUGCAGAAGUACUUCGACAAUUGCGCGGAGAAUGGCAGAAUCGCGCAGGACAGCUACAACAAAUUAGCGGACGACAAGACCGACGGCAUCGACCCGGCCGAGCAAGCGAUCGACUUCAAAGGCGAAGCUAUCACGUUCAAGGCCACCAGCGAGGGUGUGAUAGCGACGCUUCAGCACUGCGUCGACUUAAUGGUACAGCGCGAAGAGGCGUGGCGAAAACGUUGGGACAAAGAAAUGGAAAAAAGGAAAAGACUGCAGGAAAUUUGUCGGUCUUUGAAGGAUCAAGUGGCGGCGAGCAGCGUCAAUUCCGGAAGACCCAGAGUUUUCAUUCACGGCGGACCCGAUUACGAGGAAGGACCGCAUAGCGCAUUGCCAGAGGAGGAAUUCUAUGAUGCCAUGGAAACGGGCCUAGAUAAAAUCGAAGAAGACAAUCAAAUCAAAGAUCGACUUAAACAAAAGUUGGUCGCUAUUCCAGCUACACCUACGACUCCAGCUGCUAAACACAGACUUUGGCCAGAGAUCGACAGGAUAACUCAGGAACAGCUGCACUAUGCCAGAUUGGGUGUGGGGGCCGGUGGCUGGCAAUUGUUCGCCGAGGACGGGGACAUGCGAAUGUACAGAAGGGAGGAGGAGGCCGACGGUUUGGUGGUCGACCCGCUGAAGGCCUGUCACGUCGUCAAAGGCGUCACCGGCCAGGAAGUUUGUAAAAUAUUUUUCAGCCCCGAGUACCGGGCCGGCUGGGAGGCCACCCUCGAGGACAUGACCGUAAUCGAGCACAUCUCCAAGGACACUCUGGUCUUUCUGCAGACCCACAAGAGGAUAUGGCCGGCGAGUCAGAGGGACGCGCUGUUCUGGUCUCACAUGCGACAGGUGCCGGACGAUCAGGACUCCGACGCGCAGGACUUGUGGAUCGUCUGCAAUCACAGCACGGAACACGAGGAAUAUCCCCCAAAUACAAGUAAAUGCGUCAGGGUAUACUUGACAGUUUGCCUCGUUUGUCAAACGUUUAUUGAUCCACCACGAGAAAAUGAAGAAAUCAAGCGGGAAGAUAUUACUUGUAAAAUAACGUAUUGUUCAGUUGUUAAUCCUGGUGGAUGGGCGCCCGCAUCGGUUCUUCGAGCCGUCUACAAAAGAGAAUAUCCCAAGUUUCUGAAACGGUUCACAAAUUUUUGUAUCGACCAAUGCAAGGAUAAGCCAAUCGAGUUUUAAGGAUGGUCACUUUUCACAAAUGUACUUUGAUCCUUACGCGUAAUGACAAAUAUGUGUAACAUUUACAUUCGCGAAUGCCUAUAUAUGUUGCAAAUAAGCUAACUUAUUUACGCGCACGUUGUAUUUUGUAUUUUCAAAUAUUACUUUACCGGUUUGUUACAAUAUUAUUGACAUAUUAUAUAAAAUUGAAGGUGAAGAAAAGUUUUAUUGUAAAAUUUAAAAGUACGCUGAUUAACGUUUAAUAUUAAAAAUUGAUGAUAACGAUACAAUAAUUAUGAACGUUUUAAUGGCAAAGUUGGCCAUUUUUGUACAUACAUACAUAACAAGCAGACAAACAGUUUUCCCUGUCAUUUGACCGCUGCAAGUCUCUUAAAGUAAAAUGUUAAAUGUGCUUGCGCGAUUGUACAAAUUUUCUGAUUGAAAACAUAAUGCACUAUGUGUAUCUAUCGUUACACUUUGCCAUACACGUUAAACUGUAUUAUAAUAACAUGUCUGUGACAUUUCACUUCAAGUCCCUUAUACUCAUUCGAGAAUGUAUGGAAAAUAUUCUUCUUGUUGAUAUCUACAAACUUCAAAGUGUAUUUUUUUCAAAAAAGUCAGCACUAGUAAAAAUUUAUUUACUUCUUGUUUUUUUGUUUUGCAUUAUUAAUACAUACCUGUAUGAAAAUUUGAUACAAAUAAUACUUGCUUAUAUGAGUGUUUUUCUAAACUCAAUUAGAUUUUUAUAUCAACUUGUAUGAGUGAAUAUUAUAAAUUAUAUUUUUAACUCAUUUUAAUGAUUUUACAGAAAGAAACUAAUUACUCGUAGAUGUUAUCAAAUAUAUUUUUCAUAUGAAAUAUAAUUUGUAAUAUUAAUGA